CGCCAUCUGAAACAGACCGCGAUCCCUUGAAAUCCAGUAGGUAUAAAUCUGAAAAAUCUCCCGUUUUGUCUGAAAGUUUUACAGGCAUAAGUAGACACACCAGGUUCUAUGCAUCUUAACUGUAACGAAGUACUUGAGACAAAAAAAAAUUACUUUGGUAUAGAUUCGGCGAUUGAAGAUCAUAGAAAAUCAAUCAUGAGAAAUGUAAAUUGAGUGACCAAUUGCUGUUAGGUUUAGUAAUUUAUUGAUAUAUUUUCCUAGGGUGAAUCAUUCAGUUCACUUAAACAUUGAUGCCAACCUUGGAAUUUUCAUCCAAGAAGAAAAUGAAAUGAUACAUAAGAAAAUCUAUUUUUGGAUGUAUUCACACGAACGCAAAUUAUGUUCAUCAUAAUUUUAAUGUAGCAGCUUUUUCGAAAUUCUAAAAUAUGACUAAUAAAUAAUAAUUGAUUAGUGAAAAAGAUAAACUGGAAAUUCUUAGCAAGUUGGAUAUCAUUUCAUUUUUUGAUUAAGUACAUAAAUUUUUCUAUGUUUCAUAAGAUUAAUCAGGUAUAUACAUAUAUCUAUAUUUUGGGUAUAUCCUUUAAUUAUGACUAUUUUUAUGUUUUGAGUUCACAAUGGAUGAUCAAUUUAUGGCUUUAUAUGCAACUGGACUAACUGAAAGAGAAAUUGAAAGUCAAUUUUCCGUGCUUUCAGAAUUCUUGAUGAAGAUAAGAAGUCAUAUAAAUGCGUUGAAUUCGACAGAAUUUUAUCUUACAUCUAUUGAUGAGGGAUUGAAAGCCAUGACUAUUAAUGAACCGAAUUUGGAAAAUAAUGUAUCUACCUUGGUUCUAUGGAAGUGUUUGAAUCAAGUUGGAAUGCCAGAAAAAUUGAAAAAAUACACGAAAUUGCUGUUGGAGUUAUUCCUCAUGGUUAUAGAGAAAAAUACGGAGGACAAUCAGAAAAUGACCGAAUGGUACAACCGUUUCACUGAAUUUACAGAUUGUAUUUUUAGUUUUUGCUCGAAGAAAGAAUAUGCAAAUGAUUUUUCAACCAUUAUGACCUGUUUUGUGGGCAUUCUCUUGAAAAAAAUACGUGAAAUCGAUAUCGAAGAUUAUCCUGAGAAGGUUUUUCUUUACCAAUUCUUCGAAUUAAUUGUAACCGACUGCCUUCGAUGUAGAACACUCACAAAUUCGAUUGUAGAGGAAAUAAUAAAGAACUUCGAUGAUGUUAUUCAAGAUAUGAGCAGUAGAGAAAUAACAUGUCUAUCAGAUGAGAUCGUAAACAUGAUUGAAUAUCUUCAUCGAUAUUUGAAUAUCGUUGAAAUCCUAGAUAGAGAAAGAGUAAGAAAAAUCGAAUCGGACAAGCGAGAUAGUUUCAGGCUAGUUCUUAAGAAAUUGUUGGAAAUUGAAGUUUUACCUAAAUAUCUUUCAUUGAGAGUAAUAAAAUUGUUAGAUAUUUGGACAUGUUAAUAAUUUUUCAGGACAUAUAUCAUGGUUUGAAUUAGUGAUUCUUGUGAUUUGUAUAUAGGUAAUAAA